GCCCAUUGUUCUGCCUUAUUAGUUUGUGAUCCUGACUCAUAAAUCCAUCAUCUGCUACGAAGCCCACUGGAAAAACCCAAGGUUCAAUUGAAGAUUCGAGCCAUCGAGCUGUAAAAAGGUCCGCCGAAGAAAUACAAAAUUUUCUGGAUGCAAAAUUAUUAAAGGAAAAAGAAAAAAAAAAAAAAAUCCUCGACAGGUUCACCAACAUCUCCCUCUUGUCUCGGUUCAUUGUGUCUUCCGAAAGAAAUGAAGGCGUCUUUGAAAGGCAGAUACACUAAUGAAAAGAGCUGCGCGGCCGUUACUCUAGCCGUCAACGCCGGCGAUGUCAAGCUACGCGCUUCCAUGACUGACGCCACGGUGAUCAGCGGCCCUAGCUUGAACGGUUUGACUUUGGCAGUUGAAAAACCCGGCUUCUUCAUCAUCGACUAUGACGUCCCCAAAAAGGAUUAUCGAUUUCAGUUUAUGAACUCAGUUAGGGUUGCGGAGAAGCCCUUGAAGCUUACUUACAUUCACAGCAGAGGUGAUAACCGGACAAUAGUGGACGGGGCACUCGCGUUCGAUUCUGCUAAUAAAGUUUCGGCUAAUUACGUGCUUGGUACGAGGAACUGUAAGCUCAAGUAUAGUUACGUGCACGGAGGGGUUACGACUUUCGAACCAUCUUAUGAUUUUGGGAAGAAUGCGUGGGAUUUUGCAAUUUCGAGGAGAGUAUAUGACGAUGUUUUUAAGGCGUCGUAUCAGACGGUGAGCAGGGAUUUGGCUUUGGAGUGGUCGAGAAAUUCCAAGUUUACUGGUACUUUUAAGAUUUCAGCAUCCGUCAACCUAGCUGAAGAAUCUAAGAUCCCCAAAUUUAUUGCUGAAAGUACUUGGGAUUUGGAAAUGUGAUUUGCUGUUCAUCAGUCUUAUCCAUUUGCAUAUUUGAAUUACAUACAUUUGGAUCAUAAACAGCUUACUGGAAGCUGCUUCUUCAAUAGUUUCAAAACAUAGUUUUGCUUCUGAUUACCGGGCUAAUGACAGCUCUAUUGUGUUGGUUGUACCAAAAUUAUACUACUCAUUUAUCAAAUUAUGAAUAUCAGGUCCCCAAUCUUGCAAGUCCUUGGUAUUUGUUAGAAUUUGUUUUCCCUUUUU